AUACCACUCAGCAGCAGACAACAGACCAAAGAACCACAAGAACCCACACAGUGAUGAAGAUGCAUCAACUCACCAUCCUCCUUGUCACCAUCCUGGUCCAUGAAGCUGCAGGAUUCCCCACCGAGGUCAGAGCCGUCCCAGGCAGGGACAAGUACGCCUCCUGGGACGAUGUGAACGUGGUGGCCCACGGCCUCCUGCAGUUGGGCCAGGCUCUGAAGGAGAAUGUGGACAAGACCAAGGUUCAGAUGAGAGACGUCAACACCAAACUCAAGGACUUUAACGUCAGGGUGGACGAACUGGAGAAGAAGCAGCAUGAGCAGGAUGAAGCUCUGAAAGGCAGAGGGACAACAGUGGAGGAGAUGGAGAAGAGGACUGCCCAGCUGGCUGAUGAGGUGAGGGAGAAGGUGGAGGAGGUCAACUCCAGGAUGGACAGACUGGAGGAGAAGGUAGAAGAAGUGCUCAGGGUGCCACAACUGGACAGCAACUACAGCGAUGACUCUAGAGCGCCAUUUAUCCAGAGGCUGCUGACAGCUCAGAACAGACGCAUCGAUCAGCUGGUGGAGAAGAUCAAGCAGCAGCAGGAAAAGCUGGAGAAACAGAGUCUCCACCUGCAGGCGCUGCAGAACAAGGUGAAACAGAAGAGAGUGAAAUCGAACAGACAGAGGGAGGAGGUGAGAGGAGAAGUGGAGCAAAGCUACACAGCAGGUUUGCCCACAGACUGUCAUGAUCUGUUUCUACAAGGACAGCAUGUCAGCGGCGUCUACACGGUCAAACCCAAGAACAGUCAGCCGUUCAACGUCCUCUGUGAAAUGACAGCAGAAGGAGGAUGGACUAUCAUCCAGAGACGUCAAGAUGGAUCCCAGAACUUUAAUCAGCUGUGGGAAAGCUAUAAGAAAGGAUUCGGCAGCAUGACAGGAGAGUUCUGGCUUGGCUUGGAGAACGUCCACUCUCUCUCUGAACAAGGCCCCUACGUCCUGCAGGUGGAGCUCUCUCAGCAGACAGGAGAGCAGCAGACUGUACAGUAUCAGUUUAAACUGGACGGAGAAGACAAGAAGUUCUCUGUCCACCUGCAGGAACCAGGAACCUCCGGUCUUCCCUUCUCCACUGCUGACCAGGACAACGACCUGGCUGCAGACGUGAACUGUGCUGAGACGCUUUCAGGUGGCUGGUGGUUCAGCGACUGUGGGGAGACAAAUCUCAAUGGCAGAUACCCCAGCAGUGCCAGUCUGGACAGAGGUCAGACGAUGUUCUGGACCUCCACAAAGGGUCGGGACAUCUCCCUGAAGACCACGGUUCUGAAGAUCGCCCCGGCCCCAGUGAAGAGCUAACCUGACAGUUCACUGUUCGGAGUCUUCAAGACACUGAUGCUCAGAUGUCUCUAUCCUGCGCAUUCCAGUCUCUACUGUCCCCUGCAGACAUAUUCAGUCACAUUGACUGGCACAUUUUUCCCUUUGUAAGGGCCUAAAGUCUCAUAUUUCACAAUGUUUUCUGUAAAUUCUAAAACAUUUUAUA